AUGAAUCGGUGUACGGCACGGUUAUUCACAAUUGUGGGACAAGUGUGCGUGAGGCGACUUUCGCAAAGGGUCUUACAAAAACAACUCUUCUCUACUCGCUGUAUUCAUAAGAUGGUGUUUGUACCGGUUCACCCUGAUGAGCAGAAGUUUGUCGAUACAGCAUUGGAGCUGGUAAAGUCGGCUGGAAGGCUUGUUCGUGAUGCAUUCGAUCAGCCAGUAAGUAUAGUGAAGACCAAAGCGUCUGCCACUGAUUUGGUGACGGAAACUGAUCAAGCUGUGGAGAAACUGUUAAUAGAAGGAUUGAGGAAGGCUUUUCCAGAUCACAAGUUUAUUGGUGAAGAGUCGACUGCAGGUGGGGCAAAAAUAGAGUGGACGAAUGCACCGACAUGGAUUAUCGAUCCUAUAGAUGGCACUACAAAUUUUGUGCAUCGAAUUCCUCUCAUUGCUAUUUGCGUUGGUCUGGCCAUAAAUAAGGAGCUACGGGCAGGAAUAGUGUAUAAUCCAAUAACGUAUGAGCUGUUCACGGCGCAGGUCGGUUGUGGCGCGUUCAAGAAUGGCUUCCCGAUUCACGUAUCUAAUACCAAAGAGUUGGGUCGUUCUAUCAUAACGGAGUCGAUGGGAAUCCAUAAUCUGACGACAUUUGGUGAAAAAUGGUUGGACAUCGCUCAGAGCAAUAUGCGGCGUACGGUUGAGGCCGCCGUUGCCGAGAGUGUAGUGAUCUCACAGCUUGGCUCACAUCGUCAACCGGAAAUGAUGCGUUCGUUUAUCGAAUCUUAUAAGACAAUGAUGAGCGACCAAAAUUGUCAUGGGCACCGUGCAUUCGGUUCGGCAGCUAUUAAUAUGGUGAUGGUAGCACAGGGUGCUUGUGAUGCGUAUUUUGAGUACGGUCUUCAUUCUUGGGAUGUUGCAGCUGCAGCUGUGAUCAUAAGCGAAGCGGGGGGCGUUCUUAUUGAUCCGACAGGAAAGCCGUUCCAUGUCAUGGCACGUAAGGUGCUAUGCGCAGGCACUAAGGAGCUCGCAACCAACUUGAGCGCUUUGUUGACGCAUGUGGACUACGAACCUGAAGGCUAAUUUUGGAGGAAGAAACAAGUAGAUUUAGACGUAGGGGUCUAUUGAAAUAGUAUAAUAUGAAUUAAACCUCACUGAUAUGUUGAAUUGAUUUCCACUUUAUCUCAGUUUAGUCAGAAGAUAUCUCGAGUCAUUCAAGCCAUUCCUUUCCUUUUUUUUGACACUAUCCACACCAUAUGCUCUAUGCCAUACGAGAUUCGUCGCAUAUUUUGUUAACGUACCUACCUAUAAAGUUUUGUUGUUAGUGUAUAGUGCAGUAAAGUUUUUCAAA